AUGUCCGCACCUGAUCAGAUAUUGGAUAGUCUAAGAGAUGAAACAUCACCAAGAACGACGAAUAAAGUACCAUUGGUUGGCUUAUUUGCAAGCAUUGGAAAUAAUGUGAAUAAUAUGGUAGGCAGCGGGAUAUUCUCGACGCCAGGUGUCGUAUGGCGGUUAACUGGGUCGUCAGGAGCGACCUUUUUGUUAUUUUUUGUAGGAGCUGUUAUUUCAAUGUGCGGGUCUUUAAUCUACGCUGAAGAAAGGAUUAUGAUUCCGGAAAUUGGUGCAGAGAAGGCAUACUUGGAAAAAGCCUUCCCGGAACCACAUAAUUUAUUAAGUUAUUUAUUCAGUAUCGCGAUGAUUACGAUAAUUCGCCCAGGCACGAUAGUUGCUGUGUCCAAUAUUGUGGCACAGUACUUCUUGUUUAUGUUUCUUGGAAUUGAACGUUCAGUUGAAGCUGAUUAUCAUCCAACUUAUUUCACAGAUUGGAGAUUUUGGAGACUUCGUGGAAUAUCACUAGUGGCCUUAAUAAUCGCCACCACUUAUCAUCUCUACUCAAAUAUAAUUGCAAAUCGAAUAAACCAAGCUCUCUCAAUUGUGAAAAUGUUGAUUUUAAUGGUCGUCACACUAAUGGGCAUCAUUGUACUCGCGCGUAAUACUUCUAAUUGGCAUGACGCGUUUAAGUCUACUCAACGAGAAGAUAAUGUAGUCUCGGUAUCGGAUUAUGGGACUGCUCUUUUAACAACUUUAUUUUGUUAUGAAGGUUGGAAUAAUAUUAAUUAUCAAUUAGAUGAAGUUCUGGACGUAAAGAAGAAUCUUUUUCGUACCAGCGUUGCUAGUGUUGGUGCAGUUGGUGCAUUAUAUCUUUUAGUAAUAAUGUCCUUCGUAAGCGUCGUCCCGCACUCAUAUGUACUUAAUGGUCACUCUUUUGGUCAAAACGAAACAUUUGCGAACACAAAUCCAAACGAAGUAAUCGUCACGCUAUUCGCCACAUUCUUCAAAAACGCUACCACAAAUGAAAAAAUUGAUGAUACAAUUCCAUUGCAUCAACUCAUCCAAGAAAACGACAGUCACGAUAAACUUGCAAGAGUUUUCUCGGCAUGCGUGGUGCUUUCUUCAUUUGGUGCUAUGGCUGCGUUGAUGUGGUCUGGCGCUAGAGUUAUUGUUGCGUCUGCACAGUCAGAGUAUAUCCCGCGAUUUUCGGAGGCGCUUAGACAACGGCAUAAAGAGCGGGCAACUUAUACGAAUGCAUUUGUUGCACAAAUGAUUUGGUGUGCGAUUAUUAUUAUUCUGGCGCCGACUACAGACCCUUUUACAUUUUUAGUCUCGUUAUCGCAAUACACAAUUUUAAUUGCUUAUGGCGCUGCAUCAGUUGGCUUACUGCAUCUGCGAUACACUGAAGGACUAGAUCGACCAACUCCAGUCCCAAAACCAGUGGUCUACGCCUUCCUUCUCAUGAUUGCUUUAAUUCUAGUCGUACCAUUCACCAAAGAAAAAAGUGAAUUCCCUUACGUCGUUUCUAUAUGUGUGAUUGGUUUAGCUUUUACUGCAUGGUACUGGAAAUAUUACGCAUGGAAUGCACAGUCUUCAAAUUUAUUAGAACCUGAGAAACAGGAGGAUAUCGAAAUAGAAACGGAAAGUAAAUAUGAAGAAAGUAAUAUCUAA